ACCCGGGCAAAAUUGGGUUAUUUUGUGAAAUUUUCCCACUUGGUUUCUUUUUGCACCCCCCCUCCUCGCGUUUACAGCCGCCAGUCCUUCUUCAACUCCGGCGAUCCUCCAGCAAUAGACACACGCUACCCUCCGGCGCCAGCAGUCAACAGCGCGACUCCGACCAGCGACCCGCGCCGCACCUACACGAUUGACGACAGUUUGCUGCUCGUCUACAGUAGCGACUUGUUGCAGCAACCACGAGACCCACGGCGCUUGACGUCUUCUUAACCCUCGCAGACGGCGACCACACGGCGAACGACGGCGCAACAUCCGCCAGCACCAAAACCACGAGCUCCACAUUUGAAAUUCUUCUGUUGAUAGUUUCGGACUAGUCGAACAAGAUUUAACGGCGAAAUUGGGGAAACGGCUUUAGGUAGUUGAAAUCGGGUCAUUACAUGGUCUCACUGCACCUGAUUUCCAUUGUUCUUUGAACCAUCCGUUAAGGGGAAAAUACCCAGUUCUUUAGCUGUGGGUUUCGAUGGAGUCGCUGUUAGGAUUUCAAGAAGUGCUGGUAGAGAAUGAAGAAGAGAAUUCGUCGACGUACAGCCGUAAAUUAGUACCCUGGUCGACCUGGAGCGAAUGGCUUUUCGUUGGUCAAUCACUCUUCUCUGACUCUCCAGACUCCGUCGCUGCCGCUCUGAGUAGAAUAUCAACAUGGAGAAGCAGAGGAUGUCUUCCAGUUGUCGUUGAAGUUACGGCUUCGAUUGUCGAAAUCCAACAAAAGGAUCCUUACUUCAUAAAGAACCAGUCUAUGAAUGCUUCAGUUUGUGGUACAGAGAACCAAUUAAGCAAUGUUUCGCUUUCCGAGGAAGCGCUAGCCAUGUUAUAUUGCAUGGCCAUUAUGAGGCUUGUAAAUGGUGUUGUCGAGAAGACACGUAAGAAAACAGAAGUUUCAAUUGCUGUGGCAGCCGAUGCUAUUGGUUUACCCCGUGUAUUGAUUGAUAUUCGUCAUGAGGGCUCUCAUCGUGAACUUCCAGCUCUUCAGGUGGUUCGGAGUGCCUCAAUCAAGGCGCUUCGUUGGUUGAAAUCUUAUUAUUGGCAACCUCAGGAGAAAGCUAUUCCGUUUCAAGGUGAUAUAAGUACGACCAUUAGAAAGGAAAUCAAAUCCAAACUUCGUGAUUUGGCUUUCAAUUUAAAAGUGAAGCAAAAUCCCGAACUAGAAUCUGCCCUGGUCAAGCCAAAACGUUUGAAGACAAAGUCUGGCAAGACACUGAAGGUUCUUAUUCAGUUGUAUUCUACUUUCUCUUCAGAAUUUGUAUCUGUAUUGUUGGAAUUCUUGCUAAAGGCGAUGAGGUCAUCAGACUUGGCCUUUCCCAAAAGUUCCAAAAAGUCUAGCAGCUCUGUAUUGGAUGGUUGGAAGCUAGCAAUUUCUAAGAUCUCAAAUAAGGAGCCAGAAUUGCUUUUAGAUCUGCUUGAGGCAAUUCUUGAGAAGAUCAAGACUCAAGUAGCCUUAGAAUAUGAAAGCAAGUACUUCAUGUCCUCAGACCACAAAAUGGAGAGCUGUCAAGUCGCACAACUAUCCUCUUUGUUUGCAUGGCUCGUUAACAAACUUAAUGGGAUAAAACCUAAACGCAAGGGAGAAGUCAUUUCUGGAAAACACAUUCCGAAAAGUAUUCUUGUGGAGUUGCUACGUAAAUGCCUUCUGGUAUCAGCUCCUUGCAACAAGCGGCUUAUGGAUUCAGCCACUGAUCUUGCACAGUUAUUGGACGACGAUUCUCUAGUGAAGAAACUGAACAAACUAUCUUUUCUGAACGAACUGAUUUCACCUAUCCCAGACGAAGAAAAUCCCAUCCAAACCAUGCCUGAGAACAGUUUUAAUCAGGUGGAGUCGCUCCAUGAAGCAAGUCAGAAACUGGAGAUGAUUAAACUCCACAAAAGAAAGAACAACUUGGCGGCAAAUCCAGUAGAUGGUAAUGUGGGAAGUUCCAGCAGAUGGACUGUGGUAAGCUCAUGGACACCAUGUCCAAUUGGUAUGCUGCCUCGUUCAAUUGGCUGUUCUGGUCGGCCUGCUGUUCUUAACCUCAAUCCCGAGAGCGAACCAUCUUCAGAAGAGCUGAAAACCAAAGAGAACUGUGAACUCGACAACUGUAGUAACAAGAAGAGGGAAGCCAGUUCUGAUAUUCGGCAUCUUGAUAGGUCCACUGUCAAGAAAAUGAAGGAAACAAAUGAAAAUGUUCAGUCUGAGACACAAAAUGUUGAGUCACCUGAAGGUGUGAAAGGGCGUUUGUUGAUAGGUGGAAUAUGGAAGAAAGUUGGGGAAGAAGAAUUAUCUGCCAUUCAGUCUGCGGUAAGAAUAUUAAUAUAAUUUCUUUUACAGUUGCUGAGAUUUUUGCUUUCAAAACAAAAUCAUAGCCUCGAAAUCCAAGUUCCAAAAUAGCUUGGAUAAAUUUUUGUCCAUGAUCUAUUUACAUUUAGAGAAGAAAAGAAAAGAAGAUUGUGUUCAGAUCAUCUCCAAUGGGAAAGCUGGUAGGAUAUCUACUUUCAUGUAGUUGUACCCAGUAAGUUUUGUUCAUAUUUAUACUAUAAUUACUUGGGAUGCUGGUAGGGGUGUAAACGGUUUUGUCGGUUUGGUUCUCGGUUUGCUGAUUAUACAUUCACGGGUUUGGACCGGUUGGGGAGGUGGGAACAGCACACACUUUUUUUUUUCUUUUUUUCCCCCCAAGUAAACUAAAAUUUUGCAUUCCUGCAAAAUCAGAUUCACGACCUGAAAGUUAUUUGUGUUUUCUCACACCAUUUGAACUUAGAAUAGAUAUUUAUUAUUUUA